AUGUCGGACAGGAUCUCUCUCGGCGGUACUACUUUGGGCGGCGGACAAUCUACCGAAGAUUUGGGUUAUACUGGUGGCUCCUCCGCCGACUCGACUACCUUCGAUAAGCCUUUCAGCCACUUCGUCCCGAAAAUUGAGUAUUCCAUCAGCAAGCUCAAGAGCUAUGUGCCUCCUCCUCAGGACACGAAAAAUUCAUACAGGCGCGAACCGUCUCUCACAGCAGGCUCGGUGCAGAUGGCUCUCAAAAUUUUGAACGAUGCAAAAACAUGGGCCGAGACUAGAGAUCGUUCCACCUUCGUAUACAGCAGAUACGAUACUCGAGACGCUUGGACCAACAGCAGAGAUAUGGACAUCAUCAGAUAUAUGGAAAAUGCCGCUAUCGAUCCUCGACCCGCUUUAUUCCAGGCUUCGGACGGUGAGGACUUCAUGCACGGCAUCCCGUGGCGGGAUGGGCAAUACUAUCCCGCCAGAAGCAAUGACUUCGUAUUCGACUUCAUGUGGUAUAAAAUGACCCACGAACCCGAGUAUAUGUAUCAUCUUCAGUCGUGCGAGGCGGCAUUAAAUGAAGCGGGAGAGUUUUCAAGCCGAGUAUAG